CUAAGUUUGACAGCCGCAACUGAAAUAAAACGAAUUUGAAAUUUAAAAUUUCAUAAACGUUACAUACAUACAGUGGUUUGAAUUGUCUAAACAAAUGUAAACAAUUAUAGUGAACGAAGAAAAUUGCUCAAAAUAAACACUCAACUAUUAAACAUGGCUACCAGAUCUGGAAAGCGCAUACGAAGUAUGUCCAACGACUCUACAGUGAAAGAUGAUGUUGAUAUUACCGUAAGAAGCGAAAGAAAAGUACGGAAUAAACUUUUAAAUGGAAACACGGAUGGUUCGUGCAUUAAUGUAAUAAAAUGUAAAAAACGUAGUAAUUACGUACGUUAUCCGACUGACGAUGAACAACAUUCAGCUGACAACGAUCUUGAUGGUAUUGAAACUAAACAGUCUCGUUCCACUCGUAAAAACACCCUAAAAGACCGCAACACCAUCUCAGUAAACAAUGAAAAUACAGAGAGUUUUGAUGCAAAAAAACAUGUUAGAACUACUCGCAGAACUAAAAAGGCCUCUGAGAGUUCCAUAGAAAAUGUUCCAGUAACAGAAAACAUGUACAAGCGAGAAGAGCACAAAACUAAAAACAAGAAAUGUAACAAGAAACACAGUUUGAACUAUGAUAAAACUGUUGAUGUGGUUCCUAAAAAAACUAAGUCUCGUAAAAAGAAAGGAAAGAAAUCUACUUCUAUUGUGGAGUCUGUCGAGAAUGAGAAUUUUAAUAAAGGAAACUUAUCAACUGAUUCAUUCCAUAGUGCUUCAGAAAGCCCCACAAAAACAUUAACAUUAAAUACUAACAAAAGUAUUAAAGAAGCUAUUCAUUUGGAAACUAAUUUUAAAUCACAAAAUGAACCCAAAAGUGAAACAAUAUUAAAAGAUAAUGAAUCUAAGCCAAUUGUCAAUGAAAAUAUUAAAAAAAAUACACACAAAAAAAAAUCUAGCAUAAAAGAGAAAAUAACCGACACAACUUUUGACUAUUGUGAAAUUAAAUCGUCUCCUUUAAAACAAAACACAUCCAUUCAAAGCACUACAGAGUCUUGUGAGAUGUUUGAAACACACAGGAACCAGUCAAUAAUUAAUACUACAUAUGAUAAAAAUGACAGCACGGAUAAUGUUAAUGUUACUUACGAAAAAGCUAAUACCUCUAUUAAAGACAGUAGGCCAAUAAUGACCCUGUCAGACGAGAUUCAAAACUUGCAAAAAUCCAAUAACAGUCAAAUACUCAAUACAACAGCAAAGAAUAGAAAAUCAGAAUUUUUAAAUAAUACAUUUGACAAAGAAAGUUCGAUUGACAUUGCAAAAAGGAAGUCAUCAUUAAAAAAUUCGACAUUUGAUAAAAGUUGUACGGGGCAUGAGGCUUCAGAUAUAACUUUUGAAGUUCUUGAUCACAACCUUUCUGAGUCUUCGAAAAGAAAAUCUUCUGUGGUAAAGAAAUAUAACAAACUAAGUGAAAUUCACACCACAGCAAAGAUUAAUAAUGAAUUGACAAAUGAAAACUUAGCCCAGCCUAACAUUAAACCUGAUGAGAAACUCAACACAACCUUUGAUAAAACUACAAAAACAUCGUUAUUAAGUACUGACUCCGAGAAUGAUGUAUCUCGCAUCAGCAUUACUAGUGAUGAUUCCAGCAUUACUCCACUUCAUGAUUCCAAUAUUAUUAAGGAUACUACCUUAGUUCUAAUAGAAAGUAGUAUGGAUGAGAGCCUUAAUAUAGCUAAAGAUACCUUGAGCUCACAGGAAUCUGUAACUCCUCUGAAACGUGAAGGAACUUUUACUAAAGAUGGGCCAGAAUUAGAUUCUGAAAGCAAGAAGGCAGCAUCUGUGACACCUAAACAUACUCCCGUCAAACGCAUGUCUCUUCCUUCACCUGGAUCCACACCAUUUCCAAAUAAGAGCUCACAAAAAGAAAGAUUAUUAAAUAUCACUCGAUCUAUUGAGAAGAGUAGGCGGUCUUCUUUAGUUGAAGUUGUCCCGAGAACGACGAAAGUAAUGUUUUGCAGUCCAGUUGAUAACCCAACUAUUUUCAGUCAGCAGAGAAAAAAGGUUAUUAAGUCAAACUUGAAGGGAUCAAACAAGAGUUUUGUUGUUGAAGAGAACGAGCUGAAAUCACGAUCUACCGCCCGCAAGCGUUCGUACACUCAGAGCGACGCUGAAGAUGCGAGAGCCAAACGCAAACGCGUCACGGAAACAGCGGUGGAGCCAGCUCGAAAGAGGACCUUCAGUGCUUCUGCUAAACUCUCAGAAUUAUUCACACCCCAGAGAGUGGUUACACCAUCGAAACCCAAGCCAAAUUCUCAGUUCAAUCGCACGAAACUGCCCAAUUUUGCCGCUCUGCAUCAGAAGCAGUUCGACAAGAUGGAGUCGCUAGACGAGUGCCAGGAGCGGAAGGCGAAGCGGGCGAAACAGCUGCUAACCCCAACUGGGAGUGUAGGAGUUUCGGAAAAAAUCAGUCCUAAAGCUUCCACCACAGAACAACAGAAAGAACAGCAAAAACAAAAAGUUUCCAGCAAAAAAAAUCCGUAUGAUUUUCAAGUUAAUCCAGAAUCAAAACCAGGCUACACUAGGUUCGGCUUCAAACUGAACAUGGACAUUAAUCCGUUCUGUGUACCGACCAAAAACAUUAACCACACCAAGGCAUCAAAGCUAUCAAAGCCUAAUGGAUUAAUCAGGCAGGCAACAUUACCGUCCCUGACUGGAACCACUUCAACGAGGAAGGAAACAGCUAAACAGUUGGUCAUGAGAGAGAAAUCCUUCACCGAUAAAAGAACAGGAAAGAUUCAAGAGACUAGGACAGUUAUUAAAGGGGUCAGGACAAAUAGACGUUUCGAUUUGCAAAUGAGAUUGAGGAAUUUAAAUUGAAUUCUGUUUCCCUUAUCUUAAAUUGGUAUUGUGUAAAUAGUUUGAACUUACUCAAUUAUUACUAUAAACCCAACUAAGGCAGACUUUGUAUUAAACUAACCAAGAUACAGCCACAGGUGACAAUAGAUUAGUUGUAGUAGGUAGUUUGAGGAAUUUGGAGUCAUUCAUUAUCCACCAAUACAUUACUAGUGGUAGGACCUCUUGUGAGUCCGCGCGGGUGGGUACCACCGCCCCGCCUAUUUCUGUCGUGAAGCAGUAAUGCGUUUCGGUUUGAAGGGUGGGGCAGCCGUUGUAACUAUACUCGAGACCUUAGAACUUAUAUCUCAAGGUGGGUUUCGCAUUUACGUUGUGGAUAUCUAUGGGCUCCAGCAACCACUUAACACCAGGUGGGCUGUGAGCUCGUCCACCCAUCUAAGCAAUAAAAUAAAAAACAGCCAGUUUGGUAUGUAGGAUCCUGAUCAAUGUGCUAUGUAUUCUAUCCCUGUGUAAACGCAUAUGUGCUUUUAGCGAAUCACCGUUUUUUUUUAUUUGAAUUCGUUAUCUACUGAAGGUCUGACGAAUGUCAAAUUGUACGAAGUGCAGGAAACUCGUCUGUUGAUAUGCUUUUUUUAAAUUUCUAUUACACUAACAAUUUAGUUUACAAGCUGUCACAAAACGACACAAGCCUGUGUCAUAUUGUCUUACUUUGAUUACUUUAUUGAUAUAAUUUUAAUGCUUAAUAUAUGUAACUAUCAAAUAUGGAGGGUAGAGGUAAGGAGAAUCGACUGUGUCUAUGAAGAGUGUCCGUCGAAUUGUUUUAAAUUAGUGGCGCUAUAUCAGCAUCACGUUAAAUUUUAAAGGAAGCGCCAAAUACUAUUAGAGUAGGUUUGAUAGAUACGUUUUUAUAAAAAGAAAUAUUAAUAAAUCAAUUAUAGUACCAUUCGCAGUUUACGAAAUAAAAUCACUCUAGAUGCACGUUUUCUUGUAAUAAUUCUAUAAGGUUAUAUUUACUGCAUUAUUUUGCACAACGUAAGUUGAUAAAAUUUUCAAUAAUUAACUACUUUAAUCAAAAUGAUAUUCAUUUUUUUAACUUGGCAUACUUCAGUUCAUCAACAAUUGCUGCAUUUAUACCAUACCUUAUGUCUACACUAGUCUUUCCCAAAGUGAGCGAUAACGCCCCUUUGUGGGCGCUGCAGGCUUAAUGGGGGGCGCUAAUAGACCCAGAAAAUAAUGGGGGCGUUGUGUAGGGGCUUGGAAGGCGAUCUGUAAUUUCAUCUAGGAGGACUCUUAGACACCGACUGAGCUAUCGCUAUAGGUAAAAAAAAUGGGAGCGCUAAAAAAAAUUUAUUCUCAAAGCGGGCAGUAAACAAUAUAAGUUUGGGAACCACUGGUCUACACCAACGCGAUUGUGAGGAUUUUGAACUGUUAUUCAGUUAUAGUAUAGCUGGACACUUUCAACUUUCUCCCAUAUAAGAUGAUUCUCCUCCAUAUGGUAGAGGUAAGACGCACAAUUUUGUAUAUGGGGCAAGUUAAAAAAGUAUCCACCUAUAAACAGCAAGUUAUUGUUGGAAGACUUACCGAAACAGCGUAGUGAAGGAAGUGGAAAUUAUAUGAAUAUGGCGCAUUUUUAAAAAAAAUUCCACUUGCUACUAUGGCGCCACCUUAAUUUGCUCCCUUUCAGCCGAUACUUUUUAAUACACUGAGAUGGUGAUCCUUACUUCUUUUACCCUCCAUAAUCUCAAGUCAAAAAAAACAACACCGACAUUGUUGACAAACAUUUCGUCUUCUCGCAUUAAAACUGUCUAUUCUCAAAACUUACUAAUUGCACAGGAGAGUGUUUUAUAUGUUUAACAUGAUAUUUUUAAUAUUAAUCAUCUUUGCAAUAUUUAUUUUUCAUUUUUUACCAGUUACAUUAACUGUCUUUUAAAGUAAGAUAAAAUUAUGUAGGUAUUUUGUUAAUAGUAGUCAAAACAUAGGUAAACUAAAAAAAACUAAAACUAGAUAAUCCUCUUGGACAGUAUUUAUGAGAAAAAUACUGGUGAUACCGAAUGAUUCCGCAUAUUAACUCAAUUUCGAAUAUUUUUGGAAAUUAUACACUUUUAAUGCGAAAAGACGAGUUAUGAGUGCUGCCAUAUUAAAGAUAGAUUUAUUUGUUAUUUGUCAUUUAUCAAUGUCACAUGGCCGAGUAAAGAUAACCAUUUGGGAGUAAUUCGAAUAAUAAUAAUAUUUUACACAUUCCACCCCUUUUUUUGCCAGAUGAAUAACAAAACAAACACCAACAAUUUUCAGUUUCCGUUCUAUAUACUACAGAGUAAUAAGGUUUAAAAUUUAAACGCAUAUGGCCGAGUGAAAUUAUGACAAAAAGUAUUAAUUAAUCGUGACAGUUUGUUAUAGAUAUUGAAUAAUUUUGAUAUUAGAUUUAGAUUUAUUAGAUUUACAUACCUAUUGAAUAAUUUUAUUCUAGCACUCGAUGGCUCGUGCCAUCUCGUAUCAUUAACAUGACAAUGUACUGUUUUCUAUUAAUAAAAGUAAUAAUAUAUCAUA